AAAAUAAUAGGUUGAAAGAAAUAAACACACAAAAACCAAUUCAAUGAUCAUGCCAGAACAUUAAAUGCUUGUUGAUACAAUUUGUAGAUGGAUUUCAUGGAAACAUCACAACAGUGUGCUAAAGAAAAAUCGUGAUUUGUCACCAAAGUGAUACACCAGAUGUGUAUGUGUAAUUUGAUAAAUAAAAAUUAAAUGACAACCGAUCUGACAUCCAAAUACCGAUAAGAAAUUAAAGCCAGAAAAGAUAUACACGACGCAUAUAUAUCGAAUAUUGUGUCGUUUAUUUGGCAUUUGUCAAUCGCCUCUAUGUUUAUUGAUGUCAAUACACGGUUGUUUUUUUUGUAUGGUUGGCAUAAAAAUUAAACUAUAUGUGUUAACUACAAGACUGAUUUGAAUAAAAAAACGAGUUAAAAGAAAACUGACAGAGAUGGGCUUGAACAUAAGUCGACAAACGGAUCUCUCCGAUAAUACAUAUUUGAAGCAGUUUGUUGGCAAAAAUCACAUCGAAGCCACCAACGAUGACUUCUGGAACUCAUUCUUACAAUAUCAAAUUACGUUGCCAGCUAACAGCGAAGAGCAACUCAGCCUUGAUUCCCGCCUUGAGACAAUGUGUCAAGAAUUCAUAGCCCACAAUUUGGCAACGGGAAAUUUUGGAUCGCUCAUAACAGUAUUUUUGAACAAAGUUAGUCAAUUACUGGAGUUAUCCGAUAAAGACAGUAGCAUGCAUAUAUGGCAAACAUUUAACGCACUCUUCAUCAUUCGAUGUACGGUGAAAUAUUUGAUUGAGACGGGUUCAGAGUACCAAUUAUUGCAACAUUUUGAAGCGAUGCCCGAUGCAAACAUAUUAUUGAAUGGCACAACAACGACGACGACAUCAACAACUGUUGACAUUGACAAUGAAAAUAAAACGAAACCGGUACGAACGGUAGAUGGUUCAAAAUUUGAAGCAUUCUUCGAUGCAGUCGUCAACCUACUGAUCAUCAUUCCGGUGAAAGAGUUCACUUAUCAUCUACACUUGGAGGCGGUAAAUUUGCUGAUAGUUCUGUUGUCAGUGCAUCUUUUUUCACAACAACCAAUCGAAAAAUCAAUCAUUUUUAGAACGGUAUACAAUAAUGCAAAUGCAAACACUCUAAUGAGUGCAUUGCUGCAUUUUGUAAGCCGUAUGGUUGACGAGCCAACGACUAUGUUUGGCAUCAACACAGGCGGUUCACUGGUUUUUGGUCUUGCCGAAUCGUUACUAUCCAUUUUUACGUUCCGAAAAACACAUCAGGAUUUUCUUGGCUCAAAUGACUUACCAACCGCAUUCAAAGAACACUAUCCACUAGCAAAUCAAAGCCUCCUACUUAUACUUAUACUUGUCAACCAUUGUACGGCAAAUACUAAAAAUAACAAAUAUCGCGAAAGCUUAUUUGGAUGCUGUGAUUCAAAAGUGGAGUCUCCAAAGGAUGGGCAUACAUUUAAAAUCGACUUUGUUCAAUUGUUCAAUACUUUGUGCAAAAUUGUAACGAUCGAUCAAGCAACAUUGCUACUAUAUUUGCUACUGCAUCGCAACCAACAAUUCUAUCAAUUUGCAAUGGCCCAAGAGAAUCUACAACAAAUGGUGAUACCAAUAUUGCAAACGCUUUAUAAUGCACCGGACAGUACGUCACAUCACAUCUAUAUGACUUUGAUCGUUUUGCUGAUUCUGAGUGAAGAUGAUGGUUUCAAUAAAAGCGUACAUCAAAUUAUAUUAAAAAAUAUCCAUUGGUACACGGAACGUUCAAUUUCCGAAUUAUCACUAGGCGGCCUUUUAAUAUUAGUCGUAAUCCGAACCAUUCAAUAUAAUAUGUUAAAAAUGCGCGAUAAAUACCUUCAUACGAAUUGUUUAGCAGCCUUGGCGAAUAUGAGCGGUCAAUUUCGCCAUUUGCAUCCGUAUGUGAGUCAGAGACUAGUUAGUUUAUUCGAAACAUUGGCCAAAAAGCAUGCACGUCUGUAUGCCGAUAUGAAUGGUGGCGUUGCCGGUGCCAGCAGUAUGAGCGAUGGUAGUGGCGUUGAAAGUGGCACCAAUAGUACAUCAACCAUUAUUGCAACCGAUGCAGCCGUACGUUCAAUGGUACUAGAGGAUCUAUCAGUGCUGGAAGAAGUGUUGCGUAUGGUCUUAGAAAUAAUCAACUCAUGCAUAUCGCAUCAACUAGUUUAUUGUCCAAAUCUUGUGUACACCCUAUUGUAUAAGCGGCAUGUAUUUGAAGCAUUUCGAAGUCAAUCAGCAUUUCAAGACAUCAUUCAAAACAUCGACAUGGUUGUUGGUUUCUUUUCGUCACGCUUACAACGAGUUCAAGAUCAACGCGGUGAAUUGGGUGUAAACGAGGUUUUGGAGGUUAUAUCGAAAGGUGCAAGUCAAUGGUCAAGUGACCGACUGCGAAAAUUUCCCGAUUUAAAAUUUCGCUAUGUUGAAGAGGAUUCGCCUGAAGAGUUUUUCAUACCAUACGUAUGGUCGCUAGUCACCAAAGGAUCAUUACAUUUCAAUUCGGAAAUUAUGAAAGGACUCAGCAGUGAAAUCAAUUGCUAAGCAAUCGUAUAUAUCGAGUAUAAUCAAUAUCGCAGGUCAAUCAAUUGUCAAUAAUCUGAACAAUAAUAAACAAUGAUAUGUUUGAUACAAAUAUGUGAACAAA